GGGCAGUAAUGCAACACUGAGGAUGCCAGCUCCCGUCAAACCUCAAAGAAGAAGUGGAGGACGCUAACGUUUCACCAGAGUCGAGUACACUAUAGGAAAUAACUAUAGCUAAUCUUGGAUGCCACUGUAAACGGAUAGCUGUUAUCAAACAGAGGGCGUAUCGAAGUGACAAGCAUGAGCAGUUUUAGUAGACCUGACAGACACAGGACACCAUCAUUCACCAGGUUAACACACCUUGGAGCAUCCAAGUCUGACCCGGACAGAGAUUCAGGCUUCUCAGAUGCCAGCUCUGAGUACCUCAGUACAGUCGAUCUGACUGACUCUGAAGAUGCAAGAAGGUAUGGGUCGAUAAUCGGCCAGGACCCGACAGGUCCGCAGGUGGCUGUGAUGGGUGGCUCAUAUGCUGGACUGUCUCCAAUGAUCAUCAUGAAUAACUUUGUCUUAAACCAGACGUCCCCGAUGGCUCCAGCAGAAAAACAGUGGGGCUUUCCUUCACCCUUGGAAGUGAUGCCUCAGUCACAGGUUGUUCUUCUUCAACCCAUAGUAUCAAACUGUAACAUCAGCAGCUCCUCAAAGACUGGCUCUGAAAAUAUCCGACAGUCAAAAAGCUACAUGCCCAUCCUCAAGUCAUAUCCCAGAAUCGCUCCGCACCCAGGGGAUGCGCCCACUAAGAGAGUGGGAUCCUCCAAGGUGAGGGUGAGUUCAACGUCAGGAUAUGAGAAGCGGCAGAGGAGGCACCACCACGGCCACAGGCUCUACAGCUCGCCCAUCCCACAGCCAGCACCGCAGACUACAAUCAAACCCAUCUCACACUUUGAAGCAGCAGACAACCAAUCGCAGGCAGCCGAGAGUCCGGAGUCUCUCUCCCCGCUGGCAGGGACCAGCUCUCUGCGACCCUACACAGAUGAAUUCAGGACAGAUAUUGACAGCAAUAGGAUGGAUGUGGACCAGGACGACGCACUCUCAGUGGACGGUAACAAACUGAAACGUUUCAGCAAUACCUACAAUAUUCUCAACAAAUCUGGCUUGCUGGGGAUCACCAUGCGCACAAAGCAGCUGAUGAAGGAGAAUAAGCGCACCCAAGGCCAGCUGCAGCAGCUUCAGGAGCAGACGGCUCUGCUGCUGGAGGCUCUGGGCAGCAGAGACCCGCAGCUCUGGACUAAACUGCAGCUCUCUCUGCAGCACACAGACAGGAGCAAUGUGGAGCUAAAGCUCAGAGAGUAGUGGCGUAAUGUAUCGACGGACAUGACCAGCGGCUCUCAAUCAGGGGGUCACAAGAUGAUUUAUUGAAUGUUAAAACGUAAAUCUCAAAUCUUUACAAUAAAAGCUGUCUCGGGUGAAAUACUGCCAUUACAGUAUAGCAUUAUAAAUAAACAAACAAUAACUUAUAACUAAACUCUAUACUUUCACGCAUUAAUCAGGACAGUACAAAUCAUCUUAGCAGUCAGAACUGCUGGUCUAAUAUGAAGCUAAAGCACACAAAUACCAAUAUAAGCCGAGUUAAGAAGCAUGCUUACAUUUCAAACCCUUGCCUAUAAUGAAUUUUCUUGCCUCUGCUGUUUCAAGAAUAGCAAGUAUGACUUGCAAUAGGGCUUCUAUAUGUUAAACUUCUUAUUGCAUAGAAUGCAUGUAUACAUCACACGUGAGGGCACAUGGGGUCAAUUCCUUAUGCAUGCCCUCAAUGUGAUUGCUGUAGAGAAAAUAUAAGCAUCAUUUUUAAACUUGGUGUGAUUACAUGUUGCCUGUGUUUCAAUUUCCUCUUUACGGAGGUCUUGAAUGAACAAUGUCUUGUCCAUUUUUUCAUUUACUUUUGAAAUGCGACGGUAAACGGAAGAGAAUGAGCCGAUGCCUCCUUUUUGUGAGGAAGUGUACAUACCAUCAGCUUGUAUUCUCAAACAGCUGGGUAUCUCACAGUCAGAGUUCAGAGCGCUGGCAAAACCAUAACAUUAUUUUUCCUGUAAUUGUGUUACUUGCUGUCAUCAUUAUUUAUUUUUGAUAAUGUUUCUGUUCAAGACUAAAGCUCUGUGAAUAAUAUAAACAAACCAAGCACAUUAUAACAGGUUUGCCAGUUCACUGGUAAAGCAAGUUAUUUCAGAAGAUAUCUUUAAGAACUAUGUAUGCAUUUGCAAAAGCUUUAAACUGUAGCAAGUAAAGUGCAGUAGCCUUAUAUUUUUCUCUUGACUUUGCAUAUGUUGCUGCCAUGUUCAUUCCAGCCGCUUAAGCUUAGUGUCAUUUAUUAAUUGAAACUUCAAGGUGAAGAAAUGAAAACAAAGUAAUUUCAGACUCUGGCACUUUAGUUAUAAGAUUACGGACAACUUUUUAGACAAACUUGUAUCCCGACAUGAGCAUUCUUUCUUGAUGAAACGAUGUGAAUAUAAAAGUUUAUCUGGAUGCCUGUGCCUUGAAUAUGUUCAUGUUUGCAACUCAUAUAAAUGCUUGUGCAGCUUUAUGUGGAAGAAAGUUAAAUGUGCUUAGAAAUCUCCGAAGAAUGAAUAUUCUUCUCUGAAACAAAACAAAUCCAACCCUGGCUAGGCGAUGCAUCCAGAGUUGAUUUAGAAAGAAUAACAUGAAGACAAGUUAAGUCAUAAAUUGUUCCAUUAUAAAUGUUAAGCCGAAGUUAACUGUGGUAUUAUUUAUUUCAGCAACAAUAUGUUACUGUUGCGGUAUUUUCUAAACAUGAGCAGCUGUAGAGAUAAGCUAAGAAAUAAUCUAAUUAUUCUUGGUUUUAAAAAGGUGGUUACUAAAAGGAUUUUAAGAUAACUUUCUUUCUGUUAUUAUGAAAAGUGCUUUCUGUAUCGUUUAGCAAAUGUCACCUUGACUAAUAAAACUCAGUUUGAAGACCAUUUCCUCUGUCAAUAGU